AAGGCUGUUUUAUUUAUUUAUUUUUAAUGUAAGCAAUAAUUGCAUACAGAACAUAUUGCAGAUUGCAGACCACAAACAAAUCUAAGGGGUGAAAUCCAAGAGAUCACACAUAGGCAAAAUAUAAUAAUAAAAUGAAACAAAAAAUAAAGAAAAUAAAUACAGUUAUUUAAUAAACCAAAAGAAGCUAAAUAGAGAUCAAGAAAACAGGUUUAAAAAAAUCACCUAACGUACAUAAAACCCCCUUAAAUUAUGAAUAAGUAAAAAACUCAAAUAAAAUAUUAAAACACCCAAAAUGAGAGCAAACAGUCCAAGUUUUAUUAGCUUUUUAACACACAUAUAUAUUUAUUUUAAUUCAUCCUAAAUUAUUUUGGAAAGGAGAAAAGCUUGGGUUAAUUUUAAUAUAUUACAUGUGUUUCGCUGCGUGACGUCACAUUGCGCGGCAGCCUCCAAAUUAAAACCUGAUCAGAAAGACAUGAUCGCGCACAGCUCACCGAACAAUACCACAAACUCUGAAAAAUACGCUUUAGUGCAACGAUGCAGAAUCGAAAGGGAAGUGCGAUCAUAUGGAGUCACGUCUGCCUCUACUCUUUUUCAGGAGUCAUUGUUUUAUUGGAGAAAGCGGCACUUGUACUGUGCUUUACUCACUACCUCUGGAUGGGAAAGGAGCUGCUGGCCUGGCUGACUCUGGCUCUGUGUCUACCUCUCACGCUUGUGCAGCUGCUCAGUCUGAAGUGGUACAUCACUGAUGCAGAACGAUCCAAGCCCUCACUUCUCCUUGUGCACUGUCUGCAUCUGGGCAUCUAUCACAGGUUAUGGUGCUGCAUGAAGUCUCAGGGUGGGCAGGUUAAGUUUGGUGCAUUAUUAAUGCAGCAGGCUGAUGUGUCUGCUCUGUGCCUGAUCGAGGCCCUGACAUUUAGCCUGCCUCAAAGUCUACUGCAGACCUACAGUUUAUUCACCUUUCACCCUGGCUUUCUGUCACCAGUGGUCUUAUGUGUCGGGCUGAGCCUGCUGAAUGUGUCCUGGUUUCUGGUCCUGUACAGCCGCUCAUGCUUUCUGCUCCGUCCCGGUCACUUGCACAUGACUCCCGCUGCAAUGCUGUGCCAGCUCAUAUGGAGAGGGGGCAUGCUGGGUGCCAGGGUGGCCAGCCUCAUGUUCUUCUGCAGUACGUUUCACUGGUGGUUCUGUGGAGUCGUGGGUUUCCACUGGCUCAUUAUGACAUUCUGGCAAGUGUCCCAGCAGACAGACAUAUGCAUUAACCGUGCUUCCUGGCGGCUCUUCAACUUCAUCUUAGGGGCAAUGCACAUUUUCCUGUUUCUUAACGUUAAAGAUGGGCCUUCUCGGUAUCGCAUGACUGGAUUCUAUUUGCUAAUGUUGCUGGAGAACACGUUCCUUCUGCUUCUGGCAUCAGACUCGCUCAGCGGGAUUUCGUGGGACAGCAUGAGUGUUCCUCUGAAUGUCUUAUGCAGCUUCCUUAUCGGUGUGAUUUUUGUUGUUCUUUACUACCGAUUUCUUCAUCCAAAAUCUACGGAGAUCCUCCAGAGUCUGAGACUCCAAAUGAGCCUGACAACUAUUGACAGAACAACCGACAUGGACUGCAAGGACACAACACUCGAAUCCUCCACACACAAGCAUGGCACUUUCUCAGCGACUGGUUUUGCUCCUGACAAGCAGGCAGGAGGUUCUUCUGUUCAGCCUCUAGAGGGCGACCGGCACCAUCAUCAUAUGCUAAUAUGUCUGGCUCUCAAAACUGGAAACACAGACAAGAUUAACUGCAUGUAUGGAGACAGAGGGCUUUCAGUCAUUCUGGAGACUGAUGAUGCACCCGACAUAGACUCUGGAGGGGACGGUCGUUACCAGCCAAACAUGGAAGCAGGUGAACAAUCUAAAAGCUGUCCAGUUGAAAACCGUGAGGGAUUUUCUGUUGCUGAAGUGAGACAACAGUCUCCAGAGAAGGGUGCAGUGUAUAACACCUGCCCUGCGGACUGCAGUAGCACUGUUUACUUUAGUGCAGAACCCCACUCCUCUUAUAGUGUCAGCGAUGCUACGUUAGAUAAAGAGAGUAUGGCUGUGAUCAGUCCCAUUAUGAAUGGAGCUGCGCUGCACCUGACUGCCAAACAGCUGUUCAACAGGAACCCAUGUUAUACCUCAACUCCAAUACCAGACCUCAAAACAAUGCAGAGUACAAGUCCUCGACCAGGAGGGGUGAGAAGACAGGUACAUUUUUAAUACUAGGUAUUAUUUGGGAUAAAGCUGGUAAAUAUUUUCAUUUUGCUAGGUUUAUGCAGGCCUUAAAGAUUUUUAAUUCACACCAUGGCACAAUUUAAGGCCUUAAAUCAGAGCAGAAAUCUUAAAUUCAUAAAGUCAUGGAAAUAAAUGUUGCGUGAAUUGCAAAAAAUCUGUAUUUUUCCACUGUAUUUUUGUUUUCCAAUACAAAUGUCUAAAUAUCCUUUAAGCAAGAUACAUUUACUUGAGAUGCAAAUGUAAAAUUUAGUGUUGAAAAAUGUAACAAAAUUAAGUGUUUUUGCUUUAAACAAGAACAUAUAUCUAUCAGGUAUGGUAUGAAAACUUGUUUUCCUUUUAAGUUGUUUUGUUUUUUGAGCCCAUUUGCAGAUAUUUGUACUUGUUUUAAUCAAAAAGUUACUUCAUUUUGAUCAAAUGAAGAGCAAGACUGUAUAUUAUAUAAUUUUGCUUCACAAGUAAAUGUAUUUUGAUUUAAGAAUCUUUAGAGAUUUGCAUUGGAAAAUAAGACAAAAAUACUGAAGAUGAAUAUCACAUUUUUGCAGCAUGAUCAGAAGGUACAGUAAGUUAUUUCCAUAUUUUAGUGGUUGGAAGCAGAGCUAUUCAAGCCUUAAGCCUUUUUUAUUUUUUAUUUUUAAUUAAAAAGUAUAAUGACGAUCAGUUGAAGUGUUGCUAAUACAACUCAUUACAGUUCCAAUUUUCAAUUUAUUCAUUACAUUUUCUUUAAGUGGUCAUUAAAAAGUCUUUUGUUUACCUUCAUUAAACCUGUAAACUCUGGUUUAUUGUUAGCAAAUAUCAUAACCACUAUAAGCAGUUUUCUGUAUCUGCAGUUUGGUACCAUUAGUUAUAAGCUCAGUGAAUUAAAAUUGGUUUACAUUUACUAUAAAUUACAUUGACAUUUUACUUGCUGCUCUUUUUUUUGUUUUGUGUGUUUUGUUUACCAUAAUGUUUGAUACAUUUCUAUGGUUUUAUAUAUAUUUUUUAAUGUAUUUUUUAUUUUUUUUAUAUAUUUUGUAUAAUUUGAUCUCAAUUUUAUUUGAUCAAGUAUAUGCAAAGGGAACACUUAGUAUUUUGUAACAAAUGUUAUAUUUAUGGUUAAUCUGUGGAGAAUAUAGUGUUUUUAAUAAUUUUAUAAAUCAUUGU